AUGGUUGCCCUCGUUCAACGCCCCGCUCCUGCUUUCAAGGCCACUGCUGUAGCAGAGGGUCAGUUCAAAGACAUCUCUCUGUCGGACUUCCUUGGACAAUGGGUCGUAUUGCUUUUCUAUCCCAUGGAUUUCACGUUUGUCUGCCCAACCGAGAUUUUGGCGUUUAACGACGCUCUUGAGCAAUUCAAACAGCUCCAUACCACUGUGCUCGGUGUAUCUACGGACUCGCAGUUCUCUCAUUUUGCUUGGUCGCAGCAGCCACGCAAGCAAGGUGGCCUAGGCCCUGAUCUCAGGCUGCCACUCGUAGCCGACCGGAAUAUGCAGAUAUCUCGUGAUUAUGGCGUACUUAUCGAGGAGGAGGGCAUUGCCCUCCGUGGUCUAUUCUUGAUUGACCCCAAGGGUACUCUUCGCCAAAUUACCGUGAACGAUCUCCCAGUCGGCCGUUCGGUUGACGAGACUCUUCGUCUUAUCAAGGCCUUCCAGUUCACGGACAAGCACGGUGAAGUUUGCCCCGCCAACUGGACUGAGGGAGAGAAAACCAUCAAAGCCGACCCCAAGGACUCGCUUGAGUAUUUUUCCACCGUCAGCGAUGCUGCCCCUACCAACGGACAUACCAAUGGUGCUGCCAAGAAGCGCGCUCGCGUCGAUUGA